AUGACCUACGUCUCCAAUGAUCCCACUUGGUGGCCGAUCAUCGAUGCAUCUCGUUUGGCCAGCUAUUUUAUAGUGGCCGCCUUUGUUGCAGUGAUGUAUGAUUGGGCACUUACAUUUGGACAAGAGGUGGAGCUCAUCUGGCUUGUUUGUCGUGGUUACCAUGCUGUACUGACUUGCAAGUAUCCCAGCCUGUCCAUUCCAUUCGAUGUUCCGACUAUCUCAUUGACAGAUACGCAAUGCUGGAUUAUCUACAUCGUAUUUAAUUGGACGAAUGUUGUGGUAUUUGCGAUGCUGUGGGUCAUCAUCAUCGCUCGGUUGUAUGCCAUGUAUCAAGGAUCCAGAAAGAUCUUGAUAUUUCUCAUGGUCACCUUCCUGGCUAUCAACACUUUCAAUGCAGUGGUCGCCAUAAUGGCAACAAGGCAUACUUCAGGGGAGGAAGUCAUUCUCUCCGGCACUUAUCAGUGCCAGACUGACUUUGCGGAAGAUAUCCCACUUCUUAUAUCUGUGACUUGGAUACUUGGAACUGUGUGGGAGGUCCUCGCACUAUGUCUCGCAGUUUGGAUUGCAGUACAACACUUCCGUGAACUGCGACAACAUUCGGCAGGAGGGAUUAUUGAGGAUUGUUUCAUGGUGUUGAUGAAAACUCACGCGAUUUACUUUGCGAGCGUUGUUGCUGUUUCUUGUCUCCAUCUCAUUACUAAUUUCAAUCCAACAUUCUUCAUGGGUAUUUCCCUGGUUUCUCAGAUUAUUUCUGGGAUUCUUGAGAUUUCGGGGAUCGUGCAGAUGUUUGUAUUGGGACCGCGCCUGAUUCUUGGUAUUCGAGAAUACCACGCUAGGCUCGUGGCCGAUUCUGACAUAGCAACUGGUAUGACCUCAAUCGCUUUCCAGGAGCGCGUGGAAAUAUCAACUGGCAGUGUGCCCUCCAAAGAGCAGGCAAAUUUGCUUGUAUUUAUUACCACUUUCUUGAAGAUAUUGAUCGAAGUUAUUUGA